AUGAUGAAAUUUCUUGUUUCCGUUGGACUCUGGACUGCGUUUGCUGUUGGAUAUCAACGUCUGGUCGGGAAGAGAUGCUUAUUUCCGUUCGGGCUUCACUGCACUGGAAUGCCAAUAAAGGCCUGCGCAGACAGACUAAAACGAGAAAUGGAAGAUUUUGGUUGCCCACCAAAAUUUCCUGUCGAAGAAGAAGAAUCACCGAAAGAGGAAGUGAGUAGCCUGGAUGAGAUCACUAAGGAUAAAAGUAAAGGAAAGAAGAGUAAACUGGUUGCUAAGACUGGAUCUUCGAAAUAUCAAUGGCAGAUCAUGCAAUCGUUGGGUUUGGAUGAUGAAGAAAUCAAGAAAUUUGCCAGUACUGAUUACUGGCUUGAGUACUUCCCGCCGUAUUGUAUCUCGGAUCUGAAGAAAAUGAGUUUGAAGGUAGAUUGGCGCCGUUCCUUCAUCACUACAGAUGCAAAUCCUUAUUAUGAUUCGUUUGUUCGGUGGCAGUUCGGGAAGUUGCGGGCAGCAAAGAAAAUCGAUUUCGGCAAGAGGUACACCAUAUAUUCGCCGAAGGAUGGGCAACCUUGUAUGGACCACGAUCGUUCGAGCGGUGAAGGUGUCGGACCACAAGAGUACACGUUGGUUCAGUUGAAGGUUGUUGAUCCGAAACCUACUGCUCUAGCUCACAUCAAUAAGCCAGUUUACCUGGUAGCAGCGACUCUAAGACCUGAAACCAUGUAUGGACAAACAAACUGCUACCUCCACCCAGAUAUACAAUAUUCGGCGUUUUAUGCCGGGGAGAAGGAAGACAUGGUAUUUAUAGCAACUGCAAGAGCUGCCAGGAACAUGUCGUACCAAGGCCUUACUGCUGAAAAUGGCGUAGUGCACUACGUGGAAGGACUAGAGAAGUUCCCAGGAAGCAAAAUUCUUGGAGCGGGGUUGUCUGCUCCACUUGCAACGUAUCCAAAGGUUUAUGCUCUACCAAUGUUGACUAUCAAGGAUGACAAAGGUACCGGAGUAGUGACAUCUGUCCCAUCUGAUUCUCCGGAUGACUUUGCCGCUCUAACGGAUCUGAAAAAGAAGAAGCCGUUACGCGAGAAGUAUGGAAUUACUGACGAGAUGGUUCUGCCGUUUGAGCCGGUGCCGAUUAUCGAGAUUGAAGGACUGGGGAAUCUAGCUGCAGUGGAGAUGUGCAAAAGACUGAAAAUUGAAUCCCAGAAUGAGAAGGAUAAGCUGGAGGAGGCGAAGAAGGAAGUUUACCUGAAAGGAUUUUAUGACGGGGUGAUGAUUGUUGGCAAGUAUGCUGGACAGAAAACAGCAGAAGUCAAGAAGCUCAUUCAGACAGACCUUAUUGAAGAUGGUCUUGCCAAAAAAUAUGUGGAACCCGAGAAGAAGAUCAUAAGUAGAAGCGGUGACGAGUGUGUGGUAGCUGUGGUAUGUCUUCCCGACAUCGCAUCGACUUGGAUGAUGAUCGUAGGCGAGAUCGCGAUCGAGACAGGGACCGAGAAAGGGACAGGAAAUCUCGCAGACGAUGAUAAGCCAAAAUACUAUCGUCUAGCAGACCAUUUCAAUGAAUGCGCUAUGCGGAGUCAGCAUAGCAAGCUUUCCCUCUGUUUCAGCUUCGGCAUCACGCUUGUGGUGUUCUUGACGAUGUUCACUUUAAGCCGAGAUUCUGAGAACCCUGAAGAAGAAUACAGCGAAAGCGAAUUUGUCAAGCUUAUCACAGCUGCGUACGGAGAAAGCAGGCUGCUGGAACGAAUAUGCCUCAGCGAUUCCACAUGUUUUGAGGUUAGAGACGAAACUAUGACAAUAAAUAAUAGAACAAUCUUCAUAAGAUCAGCAGGGAAGUUACUACUCGUUAUGACGAGGAUUGCUCUUAAAUUCCCAAAAAGGCUUUCAUGGAGACAUAUCGACACCAGCAACUGGGAGAUUGACUUCAGCAUUAAUACUGGCGGUGCAACAUAUGCAAUGCUAAAAGAACUAUACGCAUGCGGUGUCCUGAAAGAAAAUGAAAAAUCCGAAGCGCGUGUCUUAUUAAUCGGACUCGGUGGAGGUUUUCUCAACGGAUACAUGCAUAAAAUCUUUCCACAGAUGAACAUCACUGUUGUAGAAAUUAACAACAGAACAAUAGAAAUGGCUCAACGAUGGUUUGGUCUACAAACAGACGAACACCACAAAGUGAUUCUAAUGGAUGGGAUCAAAUACAUAAAAGAAAGUGUUGAAAAAGGCCGACGAUUUGACAUUAUAUUUCUGGACGCGUGCUUUUUGAAAGAGGGUACUGACUUUAUGUGUCCGUCUGCAGUAUUUCUCGAAAACGAUGUGAUAAAGAACAUUGCGCAGUUACUUGGGGAAAAAGGUGUUCUUGCCGUGAAUGUAUUGCUUUACAGUUCUGGCGACGAGGCGCUGGAAAAGAUUACCUCCAAAUUUGAACAACACUUCAAAUAUGGGAAGCUGUCUCAAGCUCAGUACAGUAGUAACUACGCUCUUAUUUUGUCGCCGUUUCAUUAUGUUGGACUUCACAGCAACAAAACAAAUGACCAGCUAAAGUAA